AUGUCUACUAACAAAAUCACAUUUUUAUUGAAUUGGGAAGCUGCUCCAUAUCAUAUUCCAGUGUAUUUGGCUAACAUCAAAGGUUAUUUCAAAGAUGAGAAUCUUGAUAUUGCUAUCUUGGAGCCCUCCAAUCCAUCUGAUGUUACUGAAUUGGUGGGAUCCGGUAAAGUUGACAUGGGUUUGAAGGCAAUGGUUCACACAUUGGCCGCCAAAGCUAGAGGACUCCCAGUAACAUCAAUUGGAUCUUUAUUAGACGAACCAUUCACCGGUAUAUGUUAUUUGGAGGGAUCUGGUAUCACUUCUGAUUUCCAAUCCUUGAAAGGUAAAAGAAUUGGUUAUGUUGGUGAGUUUGGUAAAAUUCAAGUUGAUGAAUUGACUAAACAUUAUGGUAUGACACCUGAUGAUUAUGUUGCCGUUCGAUGUGGUAUGAAUGUGGCAAAGUAUAUUUUAGAAGGAACUAUCGAUUGUGGUAUUGGAAUUGAAUGUAUUCAACAAGUGGAAUUAGAAGAAGCUUUGAAAGAACAAGGGAAAGAUUCAAACGACGCUAAGAUGUUAAGAAUCGAUAAAUUGGCAGAAUUGGGUUGUUGCUGCUUUUGUACAAUCUUAUACAUUGCCAACGAUAAAUUCAUUGCUGAAAACUCACAAGCAGUUAAAAAGUUUUUGAAAGCAAUUAAGAGAGCCACUGAUUAUAUGUUGGCCCACCCACGUGAGGCUUGGGCUGAAUAUGGUAAUUUCAAACCAACUAUGCAAACAGACUUGAACACCAAGAAGUUCCAAAGAUGUUACGCCUACUUUUCUGAGUCCUUGUACAACGUUCAUCGUGAUUGGAGAAAGGUUAACAAUUAUGGUAAGAGAUUGGAUAUUUUACCUGAAAAUUACGUUCCAAAUUACACGAAUGAAUAUCUUUCAUGGCCAGAACCUAAAGAAGUUGAUGAUCCUGAAAAAGCACAAGAUUUGAUGCUUAAACACCAAGAAGAAUGUAAAACAUGUGGUGGUUAUAAAAGAUUGGUUCUUGCCUAA